AUGACAUGGCUAUGGUGGAGUUUUAUCUUAUUCAUUCUGAUGUUCAUCUUAUAUGUUUCGAAUAAAUACUAUUGGUCGGGUACAUCAUGUCCGUCAUUCGAUCGAAUGGACGGUAAAACUGUUGUUAUUACUGGAAGUAAUACUGGUAUUGGAAAAUAUACUGCUGUUGAAUUAGCAAAACGAGGCGCUCAUGUUAUUUUAGCAUGUCGAGAUCGAAAACGAGCAGAAGAAGCUCUGAAAGAUAUUUGCAAAUUAUCAGGAAAUAAUAAUGUAGAAAUUGAAGUGCUUGAUCUUACUUCAUUAAAAUCGGUUCGAGAAUGUGCCAAGCGACUACGUGAAAGAUUAUCAAAAUUAGAUGUUUUAAUAAAUAAUGCAGGUGUAAUGAUGGUUUCAGGAAAAUCAGUAGAUGGUUAUGAAAUUCAUUUUGCUGUCAAUCAUCUUGGCCAUUUUUUAUUUACAAAUCUUUUAUUAGAUUUAAUGAAAAAAGCCUCAACAGCUCGUAUCAUCAAUGUUUCAUCUAUGAGCCAUUCGUUUUUAAAUUGUACAAUCAAUUGGGAUGAUAUUAAUUUUGAAAAACCACAUUUGAAAAUGUAUGCUUAUUCACAUAGUAAAUUAGCAAAUAUUUUAUUUACAAAUGAAUUGGCACGAAAAUUACAAGGUACAAAUAUUACGGCAAAUAGUCUUCAUCCUGGUGUUGCUCGAAGCGAAGUCAUUCGAUAUAUGUGUGGUCGAUAUCAAAUAGUAUUACAUUUUUUACUUUUUCUUAUUACACCUUUAUGGUGGUGUUUCACUAAAAAUCUCGAACAAAGUGCUCAAACAUCAAUUUAUCUUGCGUCUGAUCGUCGUUUAGAUCAUGUUACAGGAAAAUAUUUUAGUGAUUGCAAAGAACGUCAAUCAUCGGCAAUAUCUUGCAACGAACAAUGUGCCAAACGUCUUUGGCAACUUAGUGAAGAAAUGACACAUUUAAAUGAUGCAUUAAAAGAAGUUCGAGAUCAAAAUAAUGAUUAA